UUUAUUCAUACUCAUCUCAUUCAAGUAGUGUCACCAUAAUCAGAUUUUCUUCUCCGCCUCAGUUCCUUGGUGCUGUCUUAAACAGAAACAGUAGCUACUUGCACAGGUGUGCUGAAGGCAGAUGAGACCACGUUUUACUGGGUUAUAGGUUAUGCUACAUAAAUAAUGAAACUGUGGUAGUUUUGGGAUUCAUUUGAGUUAUUGACCUGGGAAAUUGCAUUUCUGUUAAUAAAUUAUGUGAUUGGCUUUACAACAGUCCUGCAAUAAACCCUACCUUUAUAAAGGUUAAAAUGUUUUUGUUGUUGUUGUUUAAACUUAAUGUUGGCGUUGGAGGAUGUAGUCAGUGGUCCUGUUGAACUGUAUUGCACAAAACACUACCCCAAACGAGAUUAAAAAGUGGAUUAGUGAAUUGACAGAAAAUUAAUUUUGCAACAAUUGACAAGCAAUUUGGGGCAGUUGCUCUUGCACUUUGCCUCAGUACUAAUCCAGCCAGGAAUAAAAGGCAAAACAGUUCAACAGCACCACACCUUUUGUCCUCCAAAAUGAUAUAGUUGAAUCAACACCUCUUUUAAAUAGUUUAAAUAAAAACUGAACAUUAUAACCUUCAUGAAGGGAUGAUUUAUUGCAUGACCCUAAUAAACUGUCAACUGAGUGUAUUUCCAGCAGAUGUUCCAAAAAAAAAGUUUUUACUUUGAAACUGAUGACCGGAAGUCUUCGUUACUCCAGCCUUGUAUUCAUGAAGCGCCGCUUUCUCUACACAAGCGAGCGGCACCCGCGCGGCACCGGCCCACCGGCUGUCACAUGGCUUAAUAUGGGUGUAGAGGAUUCUGUUUGCCGGUCAGAUAUGUGACUCCGAGGCACAAGUUCUAGGCUGAAAGUUUGCUUACUAAUUACGAGAAAGAGGAACACAAAACCCGGGACAAAGGUUAGCUAACCGUGUGACUGCCGCCCACAGGGGACUUUCGCUUCUCCGUUAAGUUUUCUCAGAUGCCUGUUCCCGAAAACGCCGCUUGUUUACGCGACUGUUGCUGUUGAAAGUUAACGGCUGACUCACCGACUGAGGGCCGGGGGCACCGGGACACCGCCGCCGCUGAGAACAUAAAAGCGCCUUGUAAGCCCCUCCAUGGGUUGACCAGCCUCACUGUCUGAAAAUGAUCGGGUCACCGGACCUAUUGGCCUUCACCGGCACAGAGGGGUUUGGGGAAGGAGAGGAGGACCAGGAGGCUCAGAGUCUACCUGAAGAGCUCUCUGUCCCCCUUUCACCUCCCUCCCACCCCUGGACCACCUCCGCCCAGUUCCGCAGAGACUUUAUACUGGUGGCUGAAUUCUCAGAGCAGGUGGGUCCAAAACCUGUACUGACGAUACCGGACGACCCCAGGGUCAUCGGCACCUUUGACCUCAACCACUUCUCUGUUCGCCUCAUGUCUGUGGAUUACCAGGCGUCCGGCCCCGUCCACACUACUCAUGCCACCCCCGGCCCCCGCCUCAACUUCAGCGAGGACUCCAAAGUGAUCCUGGGAGACUCAGCGGAGGAUGCUUUUGCAUACGUUCACCACCUGACCCUGUACGACCUGGAGGCUCGCGGCAUGGUGCGUCCUUUCUGUAUGGCCUACGUGUGUUCGGACCAGGCGAAGCUGAUGGAGAACUUCUCCGAACUGUCGACAUGCUUCUCUCAGGCGUCUGACAGCCUUAAGACGGGAAACAGGCAGGCGUUCUCUAUGGAGCUGCAGAGAAAACUGCAAGAACUCGAGUACACACGGUUGACUUUGCUGCAGGAGACAGAACAUGUGACGACAGUAAAUGGGUUCACAGAAGUUGGAGAGAAAGACGGAGAUCUUGAAGCUGUAGAGCGUUCAAUAUUAAAUCACAGAGACCUCCUCCGCCAGGUCACAUCCUACCCAAACAGGAAGCUCAAACAGCCUGACUUUCUGCCCUACGACCCAGCUGACUCCCUUACUGAUCCUACUGCGUUACUGCCUCCUGAGCUCUGUCCCUCCGCCUCCACCUCCACCUCCAACUCCUACAAGUCCGAGCACCGUCUGAAGCAGCUGCACGAGCUCUGCAAUGGUUACUUCCUCUCCUUAAUGAAGGAUCAGCUAGCAGACACAGAGCGCAGCCUUCGUGGUGACAGGAGUGUCCUGCGAACUGCUCGCGUGUCACGUUCGCUUUCCAGGAGGCUCAUGCUCACCAACUUCCUGUUUGAGCUGUGGAGACCAGAGGAUGAAGAGGAGGAGGAGAGGGAGAGCACUGAGCCAGAGCUACAGAGGGCGAGUAAGAGCGUUGUUGAGGUGUCAGAGCCAAUGAGCCUGGAAUCAUUCUGCUCCUGUGUGGAGGAGAUCCCGAUCAAACUGGAGGCAGGAGAAGCCGGGACAGUGACCCCUGACCCCAGCAUUGCCACGGAGAUGACAGGAAGUGUGAGCAGUGGCGACAGCAUUGAAGUGCUCGGGACUGAGAAAUCUUAUCGGACGCAACAUGCCAUCGCUGGAUCUGACAGCAGAGGUCCAGCUGACAGUUUACUCUCUUCAGCAGAAACACCGGUCAUGCUGAUGGACACGUCUGUCAGGCGAGCGACAGUAGAUGCAGGCGCCAGGCGUGUGCGAGCGUACGCCAGACGAGCCAACAGCGAGGACAGCAUUGAGGUUCUGAGCACCACCGAGUCCAUCUUUCCAGAUGACCUCACCGCCAUCACAGAGGAAGAUGCGGAGCACCAACCUCUGAGCAAUGGCUUUGACAACGAGGAAGAAACACUGACGGAGUGUAAGGCUGACGAUGCUCUCAUAGAGGAGAAAAUACUGAAUGCAGCUACUACAGGAAAUGAAAAUGAAAAUGAACUUCCUGUUCAGAAAGAUGAUGGUUGUGUUGAUGAGGACAAGCCUUUAAAGCAAAUAACCCUCAGUGAUGGCGCCGUGAUCAAAGAGGAACCGGCCAUCGAGAGUUUGAAGAAGAAUCAAGUCCAUGAAGACAACAAUCUUGAGAAGACGCCCAAACUACAACAAGAAGCGGUGAAGUUGAUGCCAAAGUGGUCUGAAGCCCAUCAGACGUUGCAGUCAGUGGAGGUGGACCGCUGGUCUCCACCCUGCGCUCCUCUCAGGCUGCUGAGCAUCGACGAAGCGUCUGACUGCACCAGCUUUACGGGCUCCUCAGAACCCCCAUCUCCCACCCAAAAUAUCCACAGCAACGCCCAUUUAGAUAAGAGGAGGAGAAGGAAGGCUGGACUCAGAGCCCUCAGGUUCAUCAAACAGAACUCAUUCUCCCAGCAUGCCGUAUUUUGCCUCCUGAGCGGCCGGCCACUGGUUGUCGUCGGAGGAGACGAGGGUUUGGUCAGGAAGCUGGUGGACGCUCUGAGUCUCUUCCUGCCUGCUCCCGGUCCUGAUGGAAAUGCAGUGAUGCCGUCUCUGUCCAUGCCACUUCAACUGACCGACCUGCUCACGUGGAGACUGAUAGGAAUACACAGAUCAUCCUCCAGCUCCUCGUCCACCAUUAUCCACUCUCUGACUCGCUACAGUCGUUAUUUGGCCUUGCUGGACCUGGACCAGAGGACUCUGCGCUGUCCAUCAUACUCCGGCUCUCUCGUCGGCAGACUGGCCAAUCAUCACACUGGCAUCAGCCGAGGCAUCACCUACCUGCUGCACCUGGAGAGCUGCCUGACUGUGCUGGCCAACCAGGCUCUGCUGUACACGUUUAGUCCUGCUGCCCAACGUCUAAGCGCUGCAGGAGGGAAGGAAGAUUCAGGAGGCGAGGAUUUUCUGGUCACACGAGGAUUCUGCAGCAGUGAAAACGAUUUGAGAGUGAUGAGCUUCCUGUCUGACCUCGUCAAACAGCGCCACGCAGGACGUGGACCUCCGGUUUUAAGAUUUUCUUAUGGCUCAGCGCAGCUCCACAGAAAUACAUACACAACAUAGAGUCCAAAGACACAGGAGGAACAAAAGAUUCUUAUCGCUUCGACAAAAUGCACUGAUCUCUCUCCAUGACUGAAGCAGAAGGUUAAACAUCAUCUGGCACUGUGAAGACAAAAGAAUCACACUUGUAAUGUUUUAAUCUGCUGUGUUUGUGUGUGUGUGUGUGCGUGUGUGUGUGUGUGUGUGUGUGUGUGUAUGAUUCCAGCUUUGGGUCAUGUAUCUCUGGAAUACUGAACAUUAGUGCACUCGUGCCUGGGGCACCAAAAACCUUGAUGUGCUGGCAGCCACUACACCUGAAGUAUUGUUUGUUUGUUUUUUUAAUUGCAGUGUUUUUAAAAUGUAGCCCAAUCACUGGAAUACCUAUGAACUCUUUGUAAUUCAAGAUAAUUGAGCCACAGAUGAACAUUGUGCAAAAAAAAAAAAAAACCCUUUUGUAGAUCUGUGAGUACUGUGAAGGCAGCGUGGUACCGAGGCUGCUAGAUGUUGGAGUUUGGUGCUUCUGUCCUCCUUAACUCUUAUAAAAGCUUGUUGCUGUGUCAUUUAGCAUUGAGCCAGACCAACUCGGUUCAGAGGGGUUAAUUUUUCAGGACUUAACAUCAUUGCUGUUGAAACAAGCACCGGUUCAACUGGGCCGAAGCUAAAACUGGAUGGACACUGAAAAUUGUACAUCGAGCUUCAUGCAGGACGGGCAUGUGGUAAAGAACAAAAGUUUAAUUUUAAUAAUUACCAGUGGUGGGAGUAUUCAGGUAAAAGUAUCAAUACUCCAUUACAAAUAAAAAUCCAACAUUCAAAAUCCCACUCAAGUAAAAGUACAUAAGUAUUAUCAGCAAAAUUCACUUUAAUCAAUCUUUUAUCAAAAGUAAAAGAGCUCAUUUUAAAGUAAAAAAGGUCCCAGUGAGUGAUAUUUUAUUAUAUACACACAUUUGUUUCCAUUCUUCAGACUUUUCAAUAGUCUUUGCAGUUAUUUGUGAAAUAUCUAUAGAUCUGAAACAUGACAAGCAUCCGCAUCUAGAGGGACAAGGGGGGGAAGUUAGAAAUGUAAUACUUGUUUUUAUGAGAUUAUGUUUUUUAAAUUAAACCAGGAAAUUAACAAAUAACUAAUAGAUAAAUAUGGUGCAGUAAAAAGUACAGCACUCUGUCUGAAGUGUAGUUGAGUAAAUGCAAUUAAUUACUUUUCCCCACUGACUGUUUUCUGCACUCUGGCUUUAGACCUCAGUUAAACCACAUGUGCAGCAGGGUUCAGUUGAACCUCAGUGAAUACUCGUUAAUCAAUAAGCUGACAAUCAGAACAUCUGAUUUGUUUGAAAGUACUGUACUUAUGUACACCAGCCGUACUUUACUUGAUAAUUCCAUGUUAUGCCACUUUAUACUUGUACUCUGCUUCAUACAGGGAAAUACUUCCCUCAACUAUAUCUAUUUGAAAUGUUUAGUUAUUUGUCAGAUUCAAAUUGAAACAAAAUAUAAGCAGAGAAAUUGUGUUAUUGUAGUUAAAAUUAGUCCCACUUUUACUACUGACAUUUAAAGUAUAUUAGUCAUGUACUUUUACAUAAACUUUUGAAUGUAUUUGAACUGCAGCUGAAACAGAGCAACAGCCUCCUCCUGUUAAACACUGUACUUUUGUUAUUCUAAUGAUGCAAAUAUGAGCCGAUUUCAGCAUGUGUAUAUUUACAAUAAAUAAAAUCAUAUUUUACACAGGAACUCUACAUUUGAAGAAAUAAUUCAGCAACCAAGACUUAUAUUUCCUUUCCUUUCUUUUGGCCAAAGUGGUUCAUAAAGCUGUCAGCUUUUUAAUUUAAUUUAAAGUGUCACAUAAUGGCCUCAAUUACAAUAAUAAAAAAAAAAAAGAAUAUCCAAAAGUAUUUCCAGAAGGUAAUGAACAUACAAAAUAAAAAUCAUACAGCGCAGAGCUCUGUAGCCAGUUCCCACCAACAAGCCAUUAAAGAACAAAGCAACA